AUGCAUCACCUCACCUUCCUCUUCGCUGCUGGUCUCAUCAGCACCAUUUCUGCAGCACCUCUUCCCGCCGCCAACGAUGCUCUCCUUGACUUCCAGGCUCGUUCCGGCUACGCCGAUGAGGAUACCCUGGCCAGGAUUGCGAGAAGUCUUGAUGCAUUGGAUCAAGAACUCGAGGAGCGCGGCCUGUUCGACAAGAACCCCAAGCCCUUCAACCCUGACAAGACUCCCAACAAGCUCAAGAAGGCCGAGCCGGUUCCCAAGCAGCCCAACAAGCAGCCCAAGACCUCCAACACGCUGAAGAAGGAGAAGAAGGGUCCCAAGCCUAACCCUGCGACCAAUUUCCGUCGUGGGUUCGGCAAGGAACCUAAGCCAUUCAACCCCGACAAGACUCCCAACAAGCUCAAGAAGGCUGAGCCAGUUCCUAAGGUGCCUAACAAACAGCCCAAGACUACCAACACGCUCACCAAGGAGAAGAAGCACAAGACGAACCCUGCGACUAACUUCCGUCGUGGAUUCGGCAAGGAGCCAAAGCCAUUCAACCCCGACAAGACUCCCAACAAGCUCAAGAAGACCGAGCCGGUUCCCAAGGUUCCCAACAAGCAGCCUAAGACUACCAACACUCUCACAAAGGACAAGAAGCACAAGACGAACCCUGCGACUAACUUCCGUCGUGGGUUCGGCAAGGAGCCCAAGCCCUUUAACCCUGAGAAGACGCCUAACAAGCUCAAGAAGACCGAGCCGGUUCCCAAGGUUCCCAACAAGCAGCCUAAGACUACCAACACUCUCACAAAGGACAAGAAGCACAAGACGAACCCCGCCACCAACUUCCGACGCUACGAGCUUGAGCUGGAAGAGCGUGACGAGGAUCUCGAGGAGCGCGAUUACGAAUUCCUUGACGAGCGUGAUGACGAGUACCUUGACGAACGUGAUGACGAGUUCCUCGACGAGCGCGACGAGGAAUUCCUUGAGGAGCGUGAUGAGGAUCUCCUAGAGGAGCGUGAUGAUGACUUCUUGGAGGAGCGUGAUGACGAGUUCCUCGACGAACGUGACGAGGACUUCAUCGAGGAGCGCGGCCUUUUCGACAAGAACCCCAAGCCCUUCAACCCCGACAAGACUCCCAACAAGCUCAAGAAGGCUGAACCUGUCCCUAAGGUGCCUAACAAGCAGCCCAAGACCACCAACACGCUCACCAAGGAGAAGAAGCACAAGACGAACCCCGCCACUAACUUCUAA